AUGGCCGUUCACAUGCCGCCGGAUGCCGGUUCUAUCCACCAAGUACAACUCCCCGACGAUAUCAGAUAUAGUGACGGUGAGCUCACCUGGUCGUCACAAAAUGGAAAGGCAGACGAUGCACUUGGUCAUCUGAAGGAUGAAGAAAUCAUAGCAAUUUUAGAUUCAACCACCGAAGACCAAGGUUACUCGAUAUUCAGCUUGCGGCAAGGUUCUGGAGAUGUCGAAGAACCAUUCCAAUUGUCAGCAUUCUCCGCACAGAAACUGCCGCAAGAUGUACUAGAUAAACAUCGCUUGAAGACCCUCCCGGAUUCUUUGAGAGUUGAUGGUAAAUCUGAUUUACAUGUCAUCAUAUCCACACGGUCGGGAACCGGUCUAGCAGAGCCGUUCUACAACUCAGUGCUGCAACCACUCUUGGAAGUGCUUGGUCUGAAGGAUGCGACGGCGUUAACGUCCACGGAAUCGGCGGAAACGCCAUCACAUCAGACAAAGGGCUAUCAUGUUACCGUCACGAAGGACUCGCAAACCAUCCGAGAAUUUGCACAGGCCCGAUGGGGCAAUGACGGCCGCUCAGUCUCAGGGGAUGCGGCUGGCUCCAGCGAGACCAUCGUACUCCUGAGUGGCGAUGGUGGAGUUGUUGAUCUCCUGAAUGGCUGCGAUGAGCCUGUCUAUAGGGAGCCCCGGCCUACUAUCGCGCUUCUCCCGUUGGGCACUGGUAAUGCGCUCUUCCACUCUCUUCACAAGCCACAAUACAUGGCAACCGAUGCUCCGGUUCCGUCUCCGUUCGUCCUAGCUCUACGAACGCUUCUGAAAGGGGUGUCUGCACCGCUACCUACGUUCCAGGCAUCCUUCUCGCCCGGAUCGCACAUCAUCUCGUACUCGCCACCGCCGGCAGCAGUGAAUGCGGACCCAGAGGUGGGACUGCAGAAGGAGCCGAAGCGUGUAGAUCAAUUGUACGGUGCUAUUGUUGCCAGCUACGGAUUUCACUCCCAGCUGGUCUGGGAGAGCGAUACGCCUGAAUACCGCAAGCACGGCGAGAAGCGCUUCGGUAUGGUCGCACAGGAGCUUCUGAAGGAAAGCCAUGUCUACGAUGCCACUGUUGAGACGUUGACAGGAGGCAAGUCUCAGCUUGUGACAUUCGAGAAUACAAAAUUCAACUACAUACUUGCUACUCUGGUGUCAAAUCUCGAGAAGACAUUUGCUAUCUCCCCUAAAAGCAAACCAUUAGAUGGGCAGUUGCGUCUGGUGCACUUUGGCGAUGUUGGGGGCGCAAAGACGAUGGAUAUCAUGAUGCAGGCUUACAACAAUGGCAGCCAUGUUGGAAUGACCUGGACGAAGGAGGACGGGACGGAGGAUAAGGUCGGGUAUGAGGCAAUUGAUGAGGUCAAGGUCACUACACUGGAGGAUAAUGAUAGAUGGAGGAAAGUCUGCAUUGAUGGCACAAUCGUCGAGAUUCCUCAAGGAGGUUCGAUGACUGUCAAGACGAUGCCCGAGUCGAAAUUCCAGGUUUUAGUAGGUCCAUCAGUCUUGUAG